CGAACGCGCCGUUAACGCACCGACAGCUUCCUUUGAAGCAGGUGCACAGACGCUGCUGCAAAAUGCCGCCCAAAUGAUACAGGCGCUCACAGGGGCAGUCCAAACGCUUUCGGCUGUUCCGAAACGCACUCAUCCCACUGUCAUGUUGGCCGUUCCGACCUACAGCGGGUACGGUGAUCUGCAAAGUGCACGCGAUUACCUGGACUCCCUCACACGUUACCAGAGAGCCACGGGUCUGGACGAUCAGGAGGUGCUCGGACGCGUCGUCCCAGCUGCACUGACUGACACGGCGGCUAGGUGGUAUCGGCUUUCAGGCCACCGAGCAGCAACCCUCGAUGAGUUCCGCGCGGCCUUCCUGCGCGAAUUCUUACCCGCUGACUACGAGAGUAGGAUGCGGCGCGAGCUCGAGCUCCGCACGCAAGCUCCUGAUGAGUCGCUUCAGGAGUACGUACGCGCGAUGGAAGACCUUUUCUCUAUCGCUGAGCCCAGAGCUUCGAACGAGGAACGCGUCGAACGGGUGAUUAGGCAGGCGCAUCCGACCUUUUCGGCGUACCUGCGCGGCAGCCGCUUCCGAGAUUUAGAGGAAUUGGCCGCCGAGGCGAAGCGCAUUCAAGGCGACAUUCUCGCCGCGCGCGCCUAUCGCCCGCCACCGCCUGCCAGCGUGGCCCUUGAACCGCGCUGCGCGUGGGGAGGGGCCGUGCCCUCUCCCCAACGGCAACAGCCCGCCGGAGCUGCCUUUGCGGCUCCCGCUAGAAGCGGGCACUGUUGGGAGCUGAGCGAUCGCGCUCUAGAUCCCUACGCGUACGCGAGGCGCGCCGCAGCCUGUGCUGCACCGCAACUCGACGCGCGCGAGCAGGGACGCUAUCCGACCCAGCGCAUCGAUGAGGGCAUCGUGCACGGCCAGUUCAGACAAAUCCUUGCACUGUGUUGGGAGCCAGUGCAGCUCGUGUACAAGCAGCAGACGAAUUGUGUAUCCGUGAGCGGCGUGCUGACAAGGCUGACGCCGAUCCUUAAUGGAGACGGAGACCGCGUUCGCCAAGGAAAUGGCUAUGCCUACAGGGCUGCAGCGGCACCCCGUCGCCGGCAGCAGCGUGCGGUGUACCUGCUCCAGAUACUGCGCCGGCAGCAGCCUGCAGUGUACCUGCGCCAGACACCGCGCCGGCAGCAGCGUUCACUGUGGCACAGCAGGCUGCCUCAGAUUCCCCGCAGGACGUGCGGGAUGUAG